AUGCCCGUUGCGUCUGUUAUAUCUCUUCCUCCGACAGUCCCAGAUGUUGAGGUUGCGCGUCCUCGCAAACGUGUUUCUCUUGCAUCUGCAGAGCCCAAGGUGCCGGAGGACAGCUCCUGCACAGCUCCACAGCCUGCAGCCCUUCUUCCACCUUUCGUGCCAGUUGUGCCAGCUGUGCAUUCGCCCACUUCUCCGCCAACCGUGGCGGCCCCAGCUGUUCCGGAUGCACCUGAGACUCCCCAGAAGCGAGACACAGCUGUAGCUGGCACAGCUCUCACCCCGCCGUCGACCCCUGCAUCGUCCGCUUCCUCGGCUCCCACCGUCGAGACUCCGACAAAGACGGGUGCAGCCACUUUAGCUGCGACUGGCACGGAGCUCACCCCUCCAUCAACCCCUGCUUCAGUUGCGACUGCGCCCUCUCCUAUCACAGAUGAUGACCCGCCUGCAAAAGAAAAGAUUCUGUCUACUGAGGAGGGCCGGCCGAACCGGAAGCCGAUUCUCAAGCCCAACUCCAUUCUCAAGCUGAAGUCGGCUCUCAAGCGCCGUCCUGCAGUCACUUUUGCACCGGAGGCGUCCACGACCGGUUCGGACGAGGGACCAGAGCAGACAACGCAGCCAACGUCGAAGAAGCGCAACCAGUCCUUUGUCGAGGAUGACUGCAAGUCCUCGGCCACUCGCCGUCCUCGCAAGCGUGUUUCUUUCGCUGAGGAUGUGAAGUCAGCAGAGGACGACAUUGAGGUAGAGCUUCCCGCCCCGACAGAGGCUCCUGCCCAAACAGAGGCUCCCGCCCCAGUAGAGGUUCACACUCCGGCAGAGGAUCCAGCUCCAGCUCCCAAGCGUCCUCCCAAGCGAGCUGCUGAACCCUUCGCACCCGGCCCCAUCACCAUCACCAAGUCUAUGAACGCAAAGUUGGACAUAUCGGCUGUCCGCCCGCGCAAGAUGCAUCGCAUGCGGGCCGUGGACUUUUUCCCGUCAGCAUCUCUGCAGACUGCCGAGUCUGGUCAGCCGGCAGUUGACAACACAGACGCAGCCCCGACGCUGACAAAGGUCGAGAGCCAAGCGCCGCUGUGUCCAGUCGAGGAGGAGGCGACUCCCGGGCCAGCCCUGGCUACCAACACUGGCCUGUUUGCCACACCUACUGUCAAGAUGGCGCGAGCGACCCGGGCUUUCCCUCCUCGUCAGUUCUCUAUCAGCGCGGACAAGGCUGCCGAGUCCAUCUCUGAGCUCCCAAAGCUUCCCGAGCUCCCAGAGCUCCCCGAACUAAAGCUUCCAAAAAGCUUCCGUCAUCCUCACAAAAAACCAAAGCAGCAAAAGAAGAAGCAGGGCGACCUCCCAGAUCCUCUCUAUGACGUGUCGGACCUCAUCACAACUCUCACAGCACACCCGGAUCGUCGAUUUGUUGCUCUCACUGAACGCAUGCACUUACUUACUCUUUCUGAACCUACAGGUUUCACCACAGGACUCAACGCCCCGAACGCAAAUGGAAAUGGAGUUGCAGCACCGGCGACCAGCAACCCAUUCGGGGCGCCGUCUGGCAACCCGUUCAAGGCCGCGUCGCCAGCACCAACAGCCCCGGCCUUUGGCAGCGCCGUCUCAUCGACGCCAACAUCGUCAGCCGCUGCACCUGCGAACCCGUUCCAAGCUGCCAUAAAUGCCAACCCUUCGCCGGCCUUUGGAACUGCUACUGCCCAGCCUGUGGCAUCUCCCUUUGCGAAUCCCACUGCGUCUACUCCCUCGCCAUUCCAGACUACACAGCCUUCUUCUCGCGGCACAUCACCCAACCCAUUUACCGCACUAUCACAGCAGCCAGCUCCUGCAGCUGCGUCACCGAUUGGAAGCACACCGACACCUGCAGCCGCUUCGCCGUUCGGCAACACUCCAGCGCCGGCGUCUACCUCGCCUUUCGGAAAAACACAGAUGCCCGCCACGACUGCCACUGGUCUGUCUGGCUUCCAGCAGACGCCCGCGACGACGGGCUUUGGUCAGCCAACCUCUCAAGCGACUGGCUUCGGCCAGCCGACUUCCGCAUCCAAUCCUUUUGGGCAACCAGUUCCCACAGCGACUGCGUUUGGCCAGCCUACUACCUUUGGUGCUUCUUCUCAACCAUCACCAAACCCAUUUAUGGCGUCCUCCAACCCCACACCCACACCAUCUGUGUCGCCAUUCUCUGGCACAACACAUACUACUCCUACAGCCAAUCCGGCAGCAGCAAAGAAUACGGCAAAGAAGUCAGUCCAUUUCAACUUGGACCCAGUGUCUUCGCAGCCGACACAGACGAAUGGCUCUGGCAAGCCGAAGCCCUCCCUCGCUACCUCUAGCACCCGGUUUUCAUCACAACCCACUCUCAGUGCUGCCCCGAAGGAGCCUCAGAGCGACUAUGCUCAGAAGAUCAUGGCCCAACUGCAAAAGGACCGCCUCAAACCACCACAAUGGCCCGCAGACCCAGGCAACCCGGCCAAUGCUUCCGCCCUGGAGGCCUUUUGGGUCUCGUACGGCAACUACCGCGACAAAGUGCGCAACUCUCUGGUCAAGGCCGGUCUCAUUGACGACCCAAAGGUCCGCAAGCGGCUCGACGAGGCCAUUGACUUCAAAGGCAUCUGCGACGAAAUGUGCCCCGAAUUUGAGAAGAUUGAGCGCAUCCAGCAGCACAACGUCAUGAUGGCAGAGAAGUCCGAGAGCCCUGACGGCACCAUGUGGCCAUCGCCCUCGCUCAUGGUCAAGGCACUGACGCGGUCCUCGGCCGGCCAGGAGGCGCCUCUGCCCAUGGACGUCCGCACCGUCACGGCGCUCAAGCGCACGCUCGAUCAUCUCAUUGACGACGUUCUUGGCGACGACAGCCGCCUGCCGGCUGUGCACAAUUUCUUGUGGGACCGGACACGCGCCAUCCGCCGCGACUUCAUCUUUCACUCCAACAUGUCCGAAGACGAAAUGCUCCAGCAGAUCUACUGUCUGGAGACCAUCACACGCUUCCAUGCGACGAGCCUGCACCUGCUGUCGCAGAAAGGGUUUGCCCCUGAAGGGUUCGACCAGCGCCAAGAGCGCGAGCAGCUGAGCAAGGCUCUUUUGUCGCUCUUGCAAGCCUACGAUGACUGCAAGGACCGCCACAUCACUUGCCGCAACGAGUGCGAGUUCCGCGCCUAUUUUAUUCUUCUCAACGCUCACGACCCCAACUUCCAGCACAAGGUGGCCGAAUGGGGCAUGGAGCUCUGGUACGCCUCGGACGACGUCCAGACGGCCAUGACGCUCGCCCAGGCGAUGCAGAGUAUUUGGGACUGGCGCGGUCCUAUCAAGCCCACAACGCCCACGACAACCGCUCUCGGCGCAUUUGCGACCUUCUUCCGCAUCAUUGAGAGCCCGCAGAUUUCCUACACCAUGGCCUGCGUAGCCGAGAUGCACUUUGUGCAUGUCCGUCGCGGCAUUCUCCGCAACAUGACGCGAGCCUACGCCCGCGCCCGAGACAGUCCCAAGGACCUGACCAUUCAGGCGUUGAACGACAUGCUGCGCUUCGACACGGUCGACGAGGCCUGGGACUUUGUUAUCGAGAACAAGCUCGAGUUCUCUUCCGACGACAAGACUACGGCGUACCUUGUGCUGGACAAGGCGGUGACCAUCAGCAGCAUGCCCAUCGCGCAGUCGUUCUCGCAAAACCUCGUCGAGCGGAAGCGUGCUGGCCGCUCUCUACCUGAAACCCUUCACAACACGGUCUAUGAGGAUCCAAGCAAGGCUCCUCAUCUGGUCACAGCCCCUACGGCGACCAAGGACUCGGAUCUGUUUGUCAGCCAGUCGCAGGCACAAGUGAAUACCGCGCCCACUCAGAACGUCUCAAAGCCGACGACAUCAUUCCCUGCCACCAAUUCCUCUACGAGCAUUCUGGGCCCGGCUGCCCCCUCUACUACACCCGCUUCAGCUCCCUCCAUCUUCAGCCAAGCCCCCACUGCCUCGUCUUCAACGCCCGCUCCUGCUGCAAGCAUAUUUUCCCAGUUGAACUCUGGUGCCGACAAGAAGGCUGCCACACCUUCUCUCUUCCAGAAAACUCCCGCAGCCGACAGCAAGGCGAACGCAACCAGCACCGUGCCAGCUGCGUCGACGUCUGUCUUUACGAGUCCUUUCUCGACCACACCCACAUCUUCGCCAGCAAAGACGAACAGUUCGUUCACCACUGGCGCGCCCAAGGCUGUGUCGAACAUCUUUGACACCAGCAAGCCUCCUGCGACUGCGGCACCGGCUGCUUCGAUAUUUUCACAACCUCCUACCGCGGUCUCCUCUACGUCGUCUGCACCGGCAGCAUCUGUUCUGUCCCAACCGCCGCCUGCGAGCAGCACAUCCUUUUCUGCUCUCUUCCCAGCAUCCUCGACCUCCGCCGUGGCAGACAACAAAUCGACCACCGCUGCAUCGCCCGCUGCCCAAUCGAACCCUCUGCCCACCGCUUCGGCUGCGAAAAAGGCAGAGGAAAAGUCGUCCGUUCUGGACGCCACCACGAAGCCAUCCACGUCUCUGGGCCAGUCGGCAACGACACCGGCAACAUCGGCUCUCGCUCCCACAGCACAGCCUGCAAAGGCUCCAACGCAGAAGCCGGUUUCUCCUCCUCCCCCGCCUGCUCCCAAAGCAGACCUAAUGGGCAACUUCACCAAGUGGUUUGUGCUCGGUGACAACGGUAUCCUCGGCGAGUUCAAGGAAGCAUUUGUCGAGCACCUUGUCCGCCAGACCUACGAGCAGUUCCAGCGCGACGAGGAAGAGCGCAUCAAGCGCGAGGAAGACGAGAAGUCGUGGGCCGAGGCCCUGCGCUUCAAGACCUACAACCUCCGCGUCAAAUUCUUCUACCGGUGGCGCCAGAUUGCCCGCGAGCGCGCUCUCGACCGUCGGGCACGCCAGGCCCGUGACGAGCUCAAGGCCUACCGCGCUGCCAAGCGUGCCGAACAGCGGGCAGCCGCCGAAAAGGCGGCGGCCGACGAGCGCGAGAAGGCGGCUGAAGCCCGCCGCAUGGGCAGCAAGGAGGUCAAAUUCCUCGAGGAGCUGGGCUACUAUGGCGACUUUGGUGCUUCUUCGCGGAAGCGCAAGGCAUCUGUUGGUGGUGUCGGUGACGUCGGUGGCGUCGGUGGCGUCGACGGCCUUGACGGCGGCCCUGACGCGUCCCGUGCGCGGUCUGUGUCUUUGUCGGUUGUCGAGCCACACCAGGCGGCUUCGGCUGCUCUUUCGCCCCUUCAGCAGCAGUUGCAGCAGGGCGACGAGCCUCCACGGAGAACUCGACUGCCUGUUCGGUCCAUCAAAGAAGGCAUCUCCCACACCGUGUCGCGGGCCAAGGAGCUGCUCUCGAGCCGCGCCACGAGCAACGGGAGCAGCGACAUGCAGUACACCAGGCGCCACCGCGGCAGCAUCGGCAGCAUCGGCAGCAUUGACGGAGCCAGCAUUAGCGGCGACAGUCUCCGCAGUGUGCGCAGCAGCUUCAGCCCCGACGGCACCAAGUUUGCCUACUACCGCCGCUCCAUCCCCGGCAAGAGCCGCGCAAAGAGCUUCUUCACGCGCGUACCUUCGGGCACAGACCUCACGGCUGCGGCCGACGCGACGACGCCGCCCAAGAAAAUGACAAACUUUAUGCGGUACAGCAAGAAGAACAAUUUUGGCUUCGGUAACACCACCGGCAGCAGUGUCAGCGGCAGCGCACAGGGCAGCGGCAUGAGCGGCGCUGGCGGCAUCGAAAAGGCCAACCGCUGGUCGUCGCCCGGCAUUCGUGCUCGCCCUUUGUCCACCGCGCGUCCCGCGACGGCUACAAUGAGCCCUUCGCCGUCAUCACAUGCCUCGUUCUCGACGAGCGUGGCUGGCAGCGGCGUCGGCGGACUGUCGCAGUCUGGUGGUUCCAAGGUCAAGUCGAGCUACUGGCGCCUGCGGGCCAUGGGCAUGGUGCAGAUGCCCAACAAGCAGUACCUGCACGAGUCGCUGGCCCUGCCCAUGCUGCAGGACGGCAAGCGGUUCCCCGGUGUCGGCAACUAUGGAUUGCCGCCGGUGCCGACAUGGCAGGAUGCGGACUCUGCGGCCAAGAAGGACGAGCGGCAACUGGUCGGCACUGGCGACGGCCGACCGUUUGCCAUCAAUGACGAUGCCAACAACACCGACAACGUCAACGAGGUCAACGACGACGACGAAGACGAAGACGAAAGCGCGGAAAGUCGCGCGCGGCGCUAUGCCGAAGAACGGAUGCGCCGGACGUCUGUGACCCCGUCGCGGAAGCGCAUGUUCUCGUCGGGUGAUGGCCAGGACGGUACUAUCGGUGCGACUGCGUCCAACGCCGCCCGUCGGCCUGCGACUGCGACUGCGAUUGCCGCUACCGCCGCUGCGGCCGCUUCCUUGACUUCGCCGCCUGGCGCCAAAAAGGCGCGCGUGUCUGCUUCACCAAACAACAACAUCAGCAAUAGCGGCAGCAGCAGCAACAACAACAACUACAACAACUACAGCAGCUCGACGCUGAGCGAGGCCGAGCGGAUCAUCCAGGAGAUGCGCGAGAUGGCGGAUGCCAUGGACAAGGACCGGGACUGGUAUAGGGAACAGACCGAGCUCAUGAAGAGUGGCACGUCGGCAUGGGACGAAUAA